CAGCCCUGUAUACUUUGUUCUUUUCCCACUACUUUUUCUUCAUACAUACUAUUACUAUAUAAAGAGCCCCUCUUUCUCUGUCUCUUUCCCAAUUUUUGUUGUGAAUCUCCUGUAAUAUUCCUUCUUGAUUUGCUUUUUCUUUUUUAUUUCUUUCAUUCCAUUCAAAUCUAAUUUCUUUGAAACAAAGAUAGAAAAAGCAAGAUUUUUUUUUAAUGUAAGAUGGCUCUGCUUCGAGUGUCUCUGUUUCUUUGGAUUCUCAUUACUCUGCUUUCAAGUCUCUGUUUUGCUGAAGACCCUUAUGUCUUCUAUGAUUUCAAACUCUCUUACAUCACCGUCUCUCCUUUUGGUGUUCCUCAACGGGUUAUAGCAGUUAAUGGAGCAUUUCCUGGUCCUGUUGUUAAUGCCACAACUAAUUACAAUGUGGCUAUUAAUGUUCAAAAUCAAUUGGACGAAAAUCUUUUGAUGACUUGGCCGGGAAUCCAAAUGCGGCGAAAUUCUUGGCAAGAUGGUGUUCUUGGUACAAAUUGUCCAAUUCAUCCCAAAAAGAAUUUUACUUACCAAUUUCAAGUUAAGGAUCAGAUUGGGAGCUUUUUCUACUUCCCCUCACUCAAUUUUCAAAGAGCAUCUGGUGGCUUUGGUCCCAUUGUUAUUAAUAACCGGAAAGUUGUAGCAAUUCCUUUUGCCCGACCGGAUGGUGACAUUGUCAUCUUGAUUGGUGACUGGUAUACCCAAAACCACACGGCAUUGAGAAACACUCUUGACUCUGGUGAAGAACUUGGGAUGCCAGAUGGAGUUCUCAUUAAUGGGAAGGGACCUUACCGAUAUAAUACAACUCUCGUACCUGAUGGUAUUGAAUACGAAACCAUUAAUGUCGAUCCAGGCAAAACUUAUCGCUUUCGUGUGCAUAAUGUUGGGAUAUCUACUAGUUUGAACUUUAGAAUUCAGGGCCAUAAUCUGCUCUUAGUCGAAACUGAGGGAUAUUAUACGACACAACAGAAUUUCACCAGCUUUGAUAUUCAUGUGGGACAGUCAUAUUCCUUUUUAGUUACCAUGGAUCAGAAUGCAACUACAGAUUACUACAUUGUGGCAAGUGCUAGGUUCGUGAAUGAAUCUGUUUGGGAAAGAGUAACAGGAGUGGCCAUCUUGCAUUAUUCCAAUUCAAAAGGACCAGCUACUGGUCCUCUGCCUGUUCCACCAAGUGAUAUUUACAACCAAUGGGCAGCAAUGAACCAGCCAAAGGCCAUCAGGCAAAAUACUUCUGCAAGUGGAGCUCGCCCAAAUCCGCAAGGCUCUUUUCACUAUGGUUCAAUUAAUGUGACUGACACAUAUGUGUUAUGGAGCUUGCCUCCAGUUAGGAUUGAUGGGCAGCUUCGUGCCACACUGAAUGGUAUCUCUUUCGUCAACCCUGAUACACCAAUCAGGCUAGCUGACCUGCACAAUGUAAAGGGUUCUUAUAAGCUGGAUUUCCCCAACAAGCCACUUAAUAGAACUCCCAAGAUGGACAGAUCUUUAAUUAAUGCUACAUACAAAGGAUUCAUAGAGGUUAUAUUGCAGAAUAAUGACACCAAAAUGCAGAGCUUUCACAUGGACGGAUAUGCAUUUUUUGUGGUUGGAAUGGACUUUGGUCAGUGGACUGAAAACAGCAGAAACAAUUAUAAUAAAUGGGAUGCAAUUUCACGCUGCACAACAGAGGUCUACCAGGGUGGAUGGACAGCAGUUCUUAUCUCUCUUGACAAUGUUGGAGUUUGGAACCUUAGAGUUGAAAACUUGGAAAGAUGGUAUCUAGGCCAAGAGACAUACAUCAGAAUUAUAAAUCCUGAGGAAAAUGGGGAGACAGAGAUGGCUCCACCUGAUAAUGUUCUUUAUUGUGGUGCCCUGCAGAGCUUGCAGAAGGAAUCGCAAAGCUCUUCUGCAAUGACAUUGCUCAGUGGGAACUCCAAAUUGUUUCUCACUUUAGUGGUCACAAUUUUAGCUUCUAUUUUCACUUUUAGCUGAUUGUAGGAAGCUGAUAAGUCAUAACAUCUUGUCUUCUUUCUGUAUGUUGGAGGGGUGUGUACCUAUUAACAGUUAUUUGUGUUACAAAAAGUGAUAGAUUAAGUGUGCAAGUUUUACAAUUGAUAAUACAAAUUCUUUUGGUGUUAGAAGUUUUACCUUUUUUUCUCUUUAGGUAUCUAUCAUUUUGUAAUUUAGGUCACUGGGGAUCCAUCAUUCUUAUGUACUUUCAAGUCACAUACUGGUGGUGCCUAACCAUUCUCAAUGCCAUUGAACUUCAUACUUGAAUUUAUUGCAUCAUGGUUAAAAUUUUUGCCUUGUGUGCCUCCUGAGUUAAUUUAUUGGUUUAGACGGCCCCUUGAAGUUUAUUUGCAAACAGAGCAAUUAUUUGAUUUCCUAUUGAUUAACAUGAUGCUAUUGAAUGUUGACAUAACUGGGGCUGGUAUUCUGUGUCUUGAUUCUGUAAGCAGAAUCUAUAUAAACUGGACAUUUUAAAAGAUUAUAGUUAGUUAUGGUCAACGUUAUAAUUUUCCUGAUUCUAUAACAUGCCUUUAAUCAUGAAGUUAUGGUAUCAUAAUCUCGAUUUAGAUUAAUUUUUAUAAAAUGAAUUAGUCAUCGACUUUCUGUAACUGCCUGGCGAUGUAGCUUUUAUAUGGAUUUCGGUUGUGAUCAAGUUUAGCUUGCGAGGA